AUGAAGUUCCUCGCGACGACGCUGGACGGCUGCGAUGUGCUGCUGGGACGUGAUUGGCUGCGACGACACAACCCCGCCACCGACUGGACCACGGGAUCGUGCAGCAUCAGCAAGCACGAGGGGUUAGUUAAACUGUCUGCAUGGACACCUGACUACAUCCAAGCCCCGUGCAUCAAGGCCAUCACUAUAGCUUGCCACUUCAACCGGGGAGCGCAGCUGUUCGCCGUCUGCUUACGCGAGUUGGCAGUCGACACCGACGGAAAGGACAUCGAGAAGCUGUGUGCAGCUGUCCCUCCGGAUUUAGCGGAGCUGAUUCGACAGUACCCCGACAUUUUCCCGGACGAUCUGCCACCUGGGCUGCCACCCGAGAGACCCGAAGACCAUAAAAUCCAGCUGGAACCUGGCGCGCAACCAACUGUUCGGACACAGUGGCGGUUGACCCAGCCGGAACUCGAGGAGCUGCGCCGACAAAUUGACGCACUGUUGGAGAAAGGGUUCAUUCGGCCGAGCACCUCCCCAUUCGCGGCACCGAUCCUGUUCACUCCGAAGAAGGACGGCGGGCUUCGCAUGUGCAUCGACUAUCGCGCGUUGAACCGGGUGACCAUCAAAUCUCGCUACCCAAUCCCACGCACCGACGACCUUCUUGACCAACUUCGCGGCGCUCGCUACUUCUCGAAAAUCGACUUACUCCGAUGUGUUAUCGUCUACUUAGACGAUAUCCUCAUUUUUAGCAAGACACGGGAGCAGCAUCUCCGCGACCUGGACGCAGUGUUUAAGCGGUUGCAGGAGAACCGCCUCAUCACCAAGGGCUCUAAGUGCGAGUUUUUUAAGCAAGAGUUGGAGUUUUUGGGGCACGUCAUCUCCCGCGACGGCAUUAAAAUUGACCCGGCGAAGAUCAAGACCAUACAGGAGUGGAAGUCCCCGACUAAUGUCACGGAACUUCAAAGUUUUCUGGGGUUCGUGAAUUAUGUCCGGCGGUUUAUCCCGAAUAUGGCGGGGAUAACCGGCCCGCUGACCGACCUGCUGCACAAGGACAAGAAUUUCGUGUGGGGGGAGGAGGCAGAGGCGGCUUUCCAGGAGCUCAAGAAUUUUCUCGUUUCCCCUCCUGUGCUGCGCAUCGCCGACCCAUCGAAGCCGUUCAAGGUCGUCACCGACGCCUCAGAUUUCGCCAUUGGGGCUGUGCUACUCCAAGAUUUCGGGAACGGGCUGCAGCCGAUCGCCUACGAAUCACGCAAGCUGCAGGCUGCCAAGCGCAACUACCCGAUUCACGACAAGGAGAUGCUCGCCAUUAUUCACGCGUUCAAACCGUGGUGCUGCUACCUGGUGGGCGCCGACGUCACUGUGCGCACGGACCACAAGUCCCUACAGUACCUGCGAGCCCAGCCCAACCUCAACCCGCGACAAAUUCGGUGGCUGGACUACAUGGAGAGCCACUUCACCUACCGCAUCACCCGGAACCGACCGGAUUUGGGUUCCCGCUUACCGGCUGCUGCGUGA